CUAAUUCUUUUUUUAUUCAUUCCAUCAUUUAUGAAGUUUUUGAUAAUAAUAAUAAGCUUUGGUUAAUUUUUUUUUUCGUUAUACAACAUUUAUAAAUGAAUUAAAGAAUGUGUUUUCCAUCACAACAUAAUUAUUGACAAUCUCAAAUAUCAUCAUUAUCAUUAUCAGGUGAAGUUGUUCAUGAUAAGAAAAUGUCUGGUAUGUUUUGUACCGGUUGUGGUGAAUGUUUUGAAUUAGGUGCUUUUACCGAUGAGGUUCAAUAUCGUGAAGAUGAUCGUGGCCGAUAUUUGGCUAUUGGAUCCACUUAUAGUGUUGAAAAGGGAUUCGUCAACAGUAAAUUUUCAAGUCAUGGACAAUGUCUAGCAUCUGUGGAUAAUGCUAAAACAAUUCUACGUCGAUAUUGCGACAAAUUAUAUAUUAGUGAAUCAUUUGCACAGAUAUCAAGCGGAUUUUAUCAUCAAUUAUUAAUUAAAAAAUAUAUGAACGGUCGACGUCUGAAUGUCGUAUUAGCCGCAUGUCUUUAUAUUGCUGUUCGAACUGAAGGUGCUAAUGUAAUCUUAUUGGAUAUAAGCGAUGUGGCUGAAGCCAAUGUCUAUGAUAUUGGCCGUUAUUAUUUUCAAAUUAUUCGUUUAUUACAUUUUAAUAUACAAACAGUCGAUCCAUGUGAAUAUAUUGUUCGAUUCGUUGAUAUGCUCAAUCUCGGCGAUAGAACUUUAUCACAGGUAAAACGUUCAGCGUUGUCCAUUCGUGAAACUGCCAAUAGAAUCGUACAACGAAUGAAACGUGAUUGGAUUCAUUUUGGCCGUAGACCUUCGGGUGUAUGUGCAGCUGCUGUACUCGUCGCGGCCCGUAUCAAUAAUGUUCGAUGUUCCUUUAAAGAUAUCAUAUCAAUUGCUAAAGUUUGUGAAUCAACCAUACGUAAACGAAUUGACGAAUUUAUUGAAACGCCAGCAAGUUUAUUAACGUAUGAGGAAUUUAUGUUGAACGAUCUCGGUGAAGGAGAAGAUCCUCCAGCCUUUAAAAGAUCCGCAACCUUGAAUGAUGAUAUCGAAGCUAAUUUGAAAAAGGCCGAAAAAUAUCAGAAUAUCAUAGAAGAACAUUUGAAAGAAUCUAGAGUCAAAUUACGUGGACUGUAUGCUAAGUUUCUAAAAGAUAUAUUUACAUCUCAAGAUGAUGGAGAAAAACUAAAAGAUGAUGAAACUUCCAUUAUUCAGGAGACUAUAAUUGAUCAUAAUAUUCUAUCAAUCGAUGGUAAUAUAACAAAAAUGUCUCAAGAAAUGCAUUUCGAAGAUCAUGGCAAUCCAUCCAAAGAAGAGAUUGAAUAUUGGGCUGACCUAAGGCCUUCAGCUAAAAGUCUUGGCCUUUUGAGGCGUGAAGCGAUUCAGAAUGAAGCAAACGAAUAUCAAGACCUAUUAGACAAGGAUCUUGAUGAAGAUAUCGAUGAUGAUGAAAUUAGCGCCUAUAUUAUUGAUGGUCAAACCGAGAUUAGUCAACGACAAAUGGAAUGGACAAUGUUAAAUCGAGAAUUUUUGGAAAAAGAAGCACAAGAAUUAUUAAAAAGAAAACAGCAAGAAUCACAAGAUGAAAAUGAAAAAGAACAGAAUGGGAAAACGAAGAAAAAACGACGAAAAACGGACAAAGUUGAAACGUCAGCAGCUAACAGUGCUAGCGAAGCUGUCAAAGCUGCUGCUAAGGCCAAAUCUAUCCAAUUAAAUUCAAAUCUUAACCUCAAAGAAUUAUUCAAUGAAGAAUCGGAUGCAAGUUCUCAAUCGAAACCCGGCACUAGUGGUAUAGCAGUUGUGAUGAAUCAAUCCAACACUAACGAAGUUGUCGAUUCUCAAUCCGAUAAGGAAGACACUGCACAUUUGGUGUCAUUAUAUCACUCCUAUGCCAAAGUUCCAGCGACUCAGAAGUCUCAAAAAAACAUCACCCAAAAAACAGAUAACAAUGAUCAAGUAUCUGAGUCAACGAUCAAGCGGAAAGAUGAAGUUAUCGAAAUUCAACAUAUUUCCGUCGAAGAUAAUGGUCAUAAUGAUGUUAAUGAUAAAAAAAUAAAAAUACCACCAAAAAAACUUUCAACAUCGGCACAAGAUAUUGAUUCACUUGUUGAUGAUGAUGACGAUUAUUUCGGUGAAGAUGAUGACAAUGUUGACGACGAUGACGAUGAUGAUGAUGAAUUUCAAAAAAUUAAACAAAAAUACAGCCUACAAGGCGAUAACGGAUAUACAGAUGAUUUUGAAGAUUGUGGUUUUUAGCAUGAAAAAAAGAUAUCCAAUAUGUCAUUGAACUCAAAGUAUUUUAAUCAUAUAUCCUUGCAUUUGUUUGUGCUGAAAU